UACACACGAAUUGUUGGACAAAAUUUUUUUUGUAAAUUAAAAAAGUGUUUAUAUAUGUGUUGAGCAUUUUGAUGAGUCAAAUACUUGAAUUGACUUGAAUAAAUAAUAAAAAUAUAAAAUAAUUAUAUUUCAUGAAGGUGAAAAUACGUACUCAAUAAUAUUAUUAUAUAAUAUUACAUAAAUAACAAAAAGUUUAUUUUAUUAUUAUUAUUUAUCAUUGAAACAAUAAAAAAUUUGUUAAAGUUAAAAUAUGGCUUCACGGGUUAAUCAUGGAAUUCAGAGGGUUUUAGGUAAAUUAGAAGCAUCACUUAAUUCUGGUAAUUAUUAUGAAGCUCAUCAAAUGUACAGAACUCUUUAUUUUCGAUAUCUCAGUCAAAAAAGGUAUGAAGACUUACUUGAUUUAUUAUAUGAUGGAGCUGUUCUUUUACUUCAACAUGAUCAGCACGAGAGUGGGGCUGAUUUAGGAAUAUUAUUUGUUGAUGUGUUGAAUAAAUCAGAACAAGAAACUGGUAUAUUAUUAUCCUAUAAUUUUGUAAAAAUAACAAAUAUGUUCAAUUUAAUGAAAGCAGGAUCACCAGAAAGAGAUACAUUUCUCAACAAUGCACUCAGAUGGAGUAGUAAAAAUAAUAAUUCAAAAUGUGGUCAUCCAGAUUUACAUAAAAUGAUUGCACAAAUUUUUUGGAAAGAAAAAAAUUAUGUAAUGGCAAGACAACAUUUUGUAUAUAGUCAUGAUGGUGUGGGAUGUGCUUCAAUGCUUGCUGAAUUACAUCAGCUACGUGGCUAUUCAAAUGAAAUUGAUCUUUUUAUUACUCAAGUUGUGCUACAAUACUUGUGUUUACAAAAUUUAAAAACAGCACAAGAAGUUUUUGAUUCUUAUACAUCAGUACAUCCAAAAAUUCAAAUUGGUCCACCAUAUCUUUUGCCACUAUUGAAUUUUAUACACUUUCUUCUAAAAUCAAUACAACUUUCAUCAUUGAGUAAAUAUCAAGUACUAUGUCAACAAUAUCAAUUGAGUUUAAAUAGAGAUCCAAGUUUUCGUAUGUAUUUAGAUAAAAUUGCUCAAUUGUAUUUUGAUGCACCACCACCAACAUCACGUCCAAGACGUCAAGGAUUAUUUGGUAAUUUAUUGCAAUCAUUUUUCAAUGGUCUUGAUGAUGGUGAUUCAGAUACAGAUGAUCAAUCAUCAAUACGACAAAAUAGUAACACUGCAUCUACCUCUCAAGCAACACAAGAACUUGACUGAUUAAUCACGUUUAUUAUUUCAAAAUCUAAUAAUAAAUGAUUGACAAGUAGCUAAGGAGAAAGAAAAUUAAAAAAAAAAAAAAACAAACUAAAAUUGUUAUUAAACACAAUCUUCAUAGGAAAAAAAGUAAAGUGAUUGUAUUUUGGUUAUUACUGAAUCAGUACAAUAAUUAAAAUCAAAUAAGCACAAUAUGGAGGAUUAUAAAUUCAUAUAUAAAAAAAAAAAUAAAUAAUAUAAUCAAGAAGAUAUAUUAAUAAUUCCAAUCAAUAAUAAUUUGAUUGUAAUAAAGUUAAUUUUGUCAUUUCUUAAAUAAAUUAAUAAUUGAUUUAAAAAAAAAUUAGUCACUUAAAAAGAAAAAUAAAAUAAAGUAAUGUAAAUAACGUAGAAAUAAUAAUUAUCUUCGCGUUAAAUAUGCAAUAUUAUUAUUUGCAUUAUAUUGUCAAAAUUAUUUAUUAACGCAUUUAAAUAAAAAUUCAAGAUAAAAAAAAAACAAUUUAAAUCAAUAAUUUUCACGAAAAAUAAUAAAUUAAAAACUUGGAUAUUAUUUGUAUGUAAUAAUAAAUAACGACACAAGGGACUUAUGUUAUUUUUGUUAAAUAAGUUAUUUAAAAUAACAAAUAUAAUACGUAUGCAUUGUAAAAAUAUAAUUUUUUUUUUUUAAACUAAGGAAACAGUAAUGUUUUUCGAUAUAAAUAGUAAUAAAAAAAAAUGUUAUUUAGCAAUUUAUUGUUGUAAUGAUAUAAUUAAUGAAAAGCCAUGAAUUGAAUAACUUUGUCAGAACUAGCAAAUUUAUUGAACUAAAAGAAAUAAUUGUCUGCUUUUUUUACGAGGUAUUUGGUAUUUUUAAAAAUUUACCUCCUUAUUUUAUAUUUGCCUCACACUUAAAAAAAAAAAAAAAUUCAAUUUGUAUCAGGAACAUAGAGUGACUAAAGAGGUAUCCCGUAUUAUCUAAAUUUACUUCCUAGAUUUUAUAUUUGCUUGAUACUUCAAAGAAAAAUUUUAAUUCAUAUCAGGAACAUAGAAUGAGGAAAGAGGUAUUUGGUAUUUUUUAAAAUUUACCUCCUCAAUUUUAUAUUUGCUUUAUAC